UAGUUUUUUAUCAGUUCUGUUUUAAAAUAUAACUUUUCCAUUUUUUUAAUACGGCAUUACUAGUUGCAGCUCACCCAUAUGGUUAUUGUUUACGUAUAGUGGAAACCAGAUGAUCCAAUAUCAAAUAAAAUCUGUCAAAAAACUAUAAAUAUCUUAAAAGAUUUGUUGCGAUUUAAAUCAACAUUUAAGUCGAAUAUUAUACUAUAUCAAAAGUACAAUUCAUUCCCCGUAUAUCUUUUAAAUAAAAAAAUUCGAUACCGUGGAGCAUGUCCAGUUCUACUUCCAAGGCGCCUUCGACAGAAUUUGACGCCAAAUAUGGUAUUUUAAAUUUAAAUACCCCUCCACGCUCUCCAAUGUGUGGCCGCUAUAAACAGAGUUUCGCCUAUUAUACUUUGCGCUCGCGACUACCAGUAACACUUACAAGUAUAAUUGACAGUAUAACAAAAGAUAAGGAUGAGCUGAUAUCAAAGUACGGUGAGGAUUCGCGAGAAGAAAUUAAAAAUAUUAUUGGUUCCAUAUCAAAAUUAAAGUACCAACUUCAAACUGAUAAAGCUCUUGAGCCUUUUGAGGAACCUGAUAUAGAAAUUUGGAACAGCUUUAUACAAAAUAUGGACGAAGAGAACAAUAGUUUUUUUAAAACUUGCUGGCUUUACGCUGAGUGUUAUAUGUAUCGCCGAUUAUCAUCAUUUUUCGAAAACUCUAAAACUUUAAAAAGUUUUGACUAUUUUGCUAAGCAAAAACAAAAUGCUCUCAUUAAUUCAGUUGUAUGCAUUGAGGAAAUUCUGAAUGUUCUUCAAGGUAUUGAAAUCACUUAUGAUUCAUUUCGACUGAUGAUUAAGCUUAAUUUGUGGGGCAAUCGCUGUGAUCUAUCUAUUACAUCUGGAAAGCAGGUUCAACUUGGUAACAACCCUUUUGAUCUUAUACGAAGCUUUGACAAUAAAAUUCUCAUCGAUAACUCGAAGUCGGUUUUUGAAUGUCUAAAGUCCACAAAUAGUAAUAAACCAGCUGUUGUGGAAUUCGUAUGUGACAAUGCUGGAUAUGAACUUUUCACUGAUUUUGUCCUUGCUGAUUAUUUGAUAAAAAGUAAAUUAGUGGAAAAAGUUCGUUUUAAUUUAAAAGCUAUUCCUUGGUUCGUUUCCGAUGCUACAAUAAACGAUUUAAAUUGGACAUUGUACUAUCUUCAAAAUCACUCUAUACCUAUUUUAAAAGAAUAUGGGGAAAGAUGGCAAGAACUUCUGAACGAUAAAAAAUUUGAAAUCGCUCCAUUGGAUUAUUUUUGGACAAGCCCUUAUGAAUACUAUAGAAUGUGCAACAUUAACCCUGAAUUAUAUCAGAAAUUAUCGGAAUCCCGUCUGGUUAUUUUUAAGGGAGAUCUUAACUACAGAAAACUAAUUGGGGAUUUUUCAUGGAGCUGUACGGAACAAUUUAUAACAUGUUUAAGAGGCUUUCUGCCAACGGAUUUUGUAAGCUUAAGAACCGUAAAAGCUGAUUUGAUUUGUGGCCUAUUAGAAGGACAAGCUGAAAAGGUAUUUGAACUUGAUCAAAACUGGAUGACAACUGGAGAGUAUGGCACUAUACAAUUUAUAAGUAAACCAACCAUUUAUGACAAAGCAGCCAUAACAAGUUCUUUAAGUAUGGAGUAAUUUCCAGAAGAUAGCUCUUUGAGAAGAACUUUUUAGAAUCUCCAGGCUAUUAUUUCAGUACAAGAUAAGUAGUCAAAUAAAUCUAUUUAUUCUAAAAUUACACUUUACUCAACAAUGCAUUGAGAUACAUUUUUUUUAUUAAUAAAAUUAUUUGUUAUUGUUACAUUUACUCUGCCAAA